GCUUGCGCUGUCUUAUCCCUGUGACUGUCAUGGCAACUUGCAACUAUCAGGAUCUGUUUUUCAGCUUCUAAAAUGGAUGCCACGAAAAGGCCUUUGCUGAUCCCUCCAGAAUUCUCUGUUUAUGCAGAGAAACAUGGCAUAUUCCAAAUCUAUGAGAAACUAAUCCAGAAGCUUGUUAUACAUCAACCUGCAGAUCCAGUACAGUUUAUGAUACAACAGUUGGAAGAACCGGAAGAUGACGCACCAAUGAUUAUUAUUCAUGGACCACCUGGUUCUGGAAAAAGAAGCCUGACAAAAAUGGUAGCUGAUAAACUUAAUGUUGUUCACUUGUCAAGAGAAAUUCUAUUUGGAGGUAAAGCUGAUUCCCAGGACAGUGAAAUCCUGUCAUCUACAUUGAUAAAGAGGCUUCAAGAAAAAGACUGCACUCAACAGGGUUGGGUGUUAGAAGGUUUGCCUGAAAAUAGACAACAGGCCCUUGCUUUGCAAGGAGCAGGAGUCUUCCCGAAACAUUUUGUAAUACUCUUUGUUCCUGACACUGUUUUAAUUGAAAGAGUCAUGGGAAAACGGAUCGAUCCUAUUACAGGAGAUGUGUAUCAUACGACUUUCGAUCCUCCAAACAAUCCAGAUAUUUUAAGAAGGCUAGAAAUUGAUCCAAAUUCCCAAGAAGAUGUAAUGAUAAAAAGACUUCUAGAAUAUCACAGGACUAUUCCAGGCAUAAUGUCUUGUUUUGAGCAUGUAUCGAAACGAGUAGAUGCUGACCAGCCAAUGUCGGAUGUUUUUGUCCAAGUCAUGUCAUUUCUCCGCACAAAGAGAAGGACAGUCGCACCGCAUACACCGCGUGUUAUUCUUCUCGGCCCAACCGGAAGCGGAAAAAGUGUGCAAGCAUCUCUUCUUGCUAGCAAAUACCAGUUAGUUAACGUAUGCAGUGAUGAUAUUGUGAAACAGGCUCUCGCUGAUGACUCAGACCUUGGUCAGUCGCUGCAACCAUACAUCGAAAGGGGAGUAACAAUUCCUGACGACUUGGUUUUGAAGAUUAUAACAAAUCGCUUAGGCCGCCUUGAUGCUGUCAAGAGGGGCUGGGUAUUGCACGGAUUUCCAAAGACUCGUUCACAAUGCGAUGCCCUUGCUUCUGCAGGAUAUGAACCAAACCGAGUUAUCUUCUUGGAUGCCCCAACAGAUACGAUACUCGAACGACUCACGCUGCGAGCUGUUGACCCAAUCACUGGAGAAAGAUAUCAUCUACUGUAUGCACCACCAAGAACUGGAGAGAUCAAAAAUAGAUUACAUACGCAUCCGGAAGAUGAAGAGAGUGAGGUUCUUGCCCGUCUGUCAGAAUACCAAGCCCAUCACGAGGAUCUGCAAGACAAUUUCCGUGAAGGACAACGUGUUAAUGCAGAUCAAGAUUUGCAGACUGUCUUUGAAUGCAUUGAAAGCAUAAUCGUUAAUCCGUUGCCGAAUUAAUUUGAUGCAAACUGAAGUUUAACCCAGCACAUUGUAGAUAAUCACUUCUCGUUAGUUUUAAUGUACAGUUUAACAUUCAGUAUAUUAAGCUUUGAGAUUUAUUUGGAAUACUUGCAUACUAUUUAGUAUUUUCCUUAUAUGAGUUUAUUUUUGCACGCACUAGAAGAAAAUCCAAAUUCUGUUGACUUUGUAAAA